AAUGAAGUCUUUGUUGUAAAUUUUCACUAAUUCAACACAUGUUUUCUUAUUUUAGCGUCCACUCGGAGACGAAGGUAUUCCAUAUCGCUUCAUAAAUGAAAGCUUCGCUCAUUGUCUGUUGAAAACAGGGAGGUACCUCUGGUGUCACUUUACUAUUCACGAUUCUCGAAGCUUGAUUCAAGCCAAUAUAAUCAAAGUGGUGCUGUUUAUUCGCGCAAUGAGUGAUAUUCCAGAAUCGUCGCCCUACGAUGACGAAAUCGCCUCAAAAUUGAAGUAUAUGAUUCAAAAUAUAAAAGACACUGCCUGUCGAAUGGGAAUACAUGAUAGAAAUUCAAUAGUACCAACCAAAGCUGUGUUGUUGAUGGAUCCAGGAUCAGGAGUCAAGAUGCGUGAUUGUUCGCAAAUGUAUUUGAGUAAAGUGUUCCUGUGUAAAUUGUCUAAUGUGACCAAGAUAAGCGUAACUACUCUCGAAUGCCUUAUGCCGUCGUUCGAUUUGCGGGGCUAUCUACAAAGCGAUAGACUAUGCUCACACUUUGCUACCUACGCUUCAUUCAUACAGAAGAUCCUUCAGGCCGAAGCAUACGUCAUCCAAAUCGGGUCUAAAUAUUUAUUUGAUCGUCAACUUCUGACCUCCGACUGGCACUGAUUCUU